AUGACACCUUUUCAGCUGUUCUUAGUUGUGUCAUCGGCUGUCACACCAACCAUAUCUGAAUUGUUCUUCGACAACAAAGAUGGUAGUCUAACAACCCCUCAAAUCCUAGCUAAAUAUGGUUACAAACCAGAAACCUUCCGGAUAGAAACAUACGAUGGAUUUGUGGUAGAAAUGCAUCGAUUGACUGCUUCUCCUGUUUCCGGACGGUUUGACCCUACUAAACCCCCGGUGCUGAUGAUACACGGCUUGUUGGGAUCAUCGGCUGACUGGAUCAUGACAGGACCACAGAAUGGACUCCCCUAUUUAUUGUCGAAUCUUGGAUACGACGUUUGGCUUGGCAAUGCACGAGGAAGCCGAUACAGUAGAGAGCAUACCUAUCUGACCGAAGAUAUGAAGGAGUACUGGGAUUUUUCGUGGCAUGAAAUUGGAAUUUACGACGUUCCAGCAAUGAUUGAUUUUGUCUUGAAAACCACGAAGUUUAGGAAACUUCAUUACGUUGGAUACUCUCAAGGCACAACAGCCUUUUUUGUUAUGAAUUCCUUGAUUCCAAGAUACAAUGAAAAAAUCAUAAAACUUCAUGCACUGGCACCGGCUGCUUACAUGUCACAUUUGAGCAAUCCCGUGUUCAAAUAUCUGUCCACCCAUUUAAAUACAGUUACGAACAUUGUAAGUGUCUUGGGUAUCAACCAGUUUAUGCCAGCUAGUUCUAUUUUUCCGCAUAUUGCGAGUGCAAUAUGCGCUGUCAAUGAGCAACAAUGUUUCAACAUAAUGUUUGUGUUGUCCAGCGGCGAGUACAGAAAUAUCAACCCGCAAAUCAUUCCCAUUCUAGUCGGGCACAUACCAGCCGGGUCUUCAGGCAAACAAAUUUUCCACUACGCACAAGAAGUCACAUCGGGUCAUUUCCGGCAAUAUGAUUACGGCGUGGAUAACAAUACUGAGAUCUACCACUCGCUGGAUCCUCCAGAUUACAAUCUGACGAAUGUACACGCUCCAGUUGCCAUUUAUUACAGCUUGAAUGAUCAACUAGCGAAUCCAUUAGAUGUUGGGAGAUUGGCACAAGAGUUACCCAAUUUGGUGUCGUUGAACCAAGUUCCAAAUCCCUCAUUUAGCCAUAUGGACUUCAUACUUUCAACCAAUGCCAAGGACGAGCUCUACCUUGAUAUAAUUGCCAGCAUAGAGGCCGAUACUCGACACGAACAACGGUUCAACAGAUCCCAUUGAAAAUGAAAACCCGCAUACUCUGGAACACAUUCCUCCUACUACAUUAUCGCUGC